UCUCCGCCGCCGCCGCCGCCGCCGCCGCUGCCCUCAGGGACGCCGGCCGCCCGCGUGCUGGGCCAGGCGGAGGCCCACAGCCAUGGACGACUUCAUCGUGAUCUCGGACGACAGCGGCCCCGAGAGCUACGGAGAGGCCACUUCGAGCCGGGCGCGGAGGCUCCGCCGGGCCCUGUCUCGGGGCUCCGGCGCGCUGCCCCGCCGCACCGUGGACUACAUUGACCUAACCAGAGACACCAGACCGAGGGCCAAGGAUCGCAGUGGAGUCUGUGUGAUUGACCUGACAAGGAGCGAGGAAGAAAGCACACCUCUUACCACAUUGGACUUGACUUUGGAACCUGUGGCUCCUUCCCAGAAGGAGCCCACAAGUGCUCAGUCAUGUCCCAGCCUCUCCAACAAAGAGGUGGUGGAAGGACCCGUGGACAGAAGUUCUCAGCCAGCAGCCCCGAGAAUCAUUAACGCUGAACCUGUGGAUUUGGACCUGUUUGAGGACAACACCUUUGAAGGUCCUCUUUCCCUACCACCUAUCAGUCAGGACUUUGUUUAUCCCGCAGAGCCAAACUGUAGCUCAACCACACUCAGAGGCAACCUCAAUUUCCCAGGAAGUCUACAGCACUCCUCAGGUGUUAGCUCUGUCUCCCCAGUAAGCAGUAAUGGUGGUAGCGGCAGAAGCAGCAAUCAGAGGCCACCCUGGCCAUACCCACAGCAAGAUGUGCCUUGCCCACCACAAGCUUUGCCGUGCUCACUGAGAGCCUUGCCCUGCCCCCUGAGGACUUCACCAUGUCCACCACGAGCCUCCUCAUGCCCUCCGCAAGCCAUGGCAUGCCCAUCACAAACCACGCAGUGCCAACUGCAAGCUUUGCCUCCCCCACCUCAAGAAGUGCCAUGUCCUCAAGAUGUGCCAUGCCCUCAGAAUGUGCCAGGCUGUCCGCAGAAUGUGCCAGACCCACCUCGGUACUUACUAUGGUAUCCUCAACACUCACUGAGCCAACUUCAGAAUUCAGUGGGUCCACCUCAAAAUAUACCAAGCCCACAUCAACGCCUCUCAUAUCCACAAGUUGUAACACACCUUCAGCACCUGCCACAGUCGUCGGGAGCUGUGCCAAAGUCACUACAAGAAUUGCCAGCACUGCCAGGAGAUGUGUUGCGCUCACCAAGGGACAUGUCACAGUCACCGAGAGGCAUGCCGGCAAUGCCAGGAGAUGUGCUGCGCUCACCCAGGGACAUUUCACAGUCACCGAGAGGCAUGCUGGCAAUGCCAGGAGAUGUGCUGCGCUCACCAAGAGACAUGUCACAGUCGCCGAGAGGCAUGCCAGCAAUGCCAGGAGAUGUGUUGCGCUCACCCAGGGACAUUUCACAGUCACCGAGAGGCAUGCUGGCAAUGCCAGGAGAUGUGCUGCGCUCACCAAGGGACAUGUCACAGUCACCGAGAGGCUGGCCAUCACUACCAGAUAAUCUGAAAUCACCAAGAGACAUGCCAGCAGUGCCAGGAGAUGUGCUGCGCUCACCCAGGGACAUGUCACAGUCACCGAGAGACAUGUCAUCGCUACCAGAUAAUCUGAAAUCACCAAGAGACGUAUCACUGUCACCGAGAGCUGUGCCACAGUCACCAAGAGGCUGGCCAUCACCACCAGAUAAACUGAAAUCGCCAAGAGACGUGCCAGCAACGCCAGGAGAUGUGCUGCAGUCCCGGGGAAGCGUGCCACUAUCCCCAAGAAAAGUACCCCAGUCCAUAGGAAGCGUAUCGUCGCCACUCGGAAAUGGGCUACCUAGUCCUAGAAGCGUGACCUGCCCAUCAGGAAACAUGGCAUACUCACCUACAGACGCACCAGGCAGGCCCGACUCUCCGCAGGACGACGUACAGAGCCGUGACACUGCUAUGGACAUCUCCACCCCGUCCUCGCCGAGCUGCUCCAGCCCAUCGUCUCCACAGUCUGACAAUUCCUUAGAAAAAGUUUCUUGGCUCUCCGUCCCAGAAACCCCAGCUAAAAAAGAAAUGCCACUGGCAGAGCCUGCCAGCCCCAGGGCUGCCCAGGUGCAUACACAACCACCUCAAGGUGGGUUGUUCAACAGACCAUGCCUACACAGACUGAAGUACUUCUUACGACCGCCAGUGCAUCACCUCUUCUUCCAGACGCUAAUACCGGACAAGGACGCGAGAGAGAACAAGGGGCAAAAAUUAGAACCCAUCCCUCAUCGAAGAUUAAGGAUGGUGACAAACACCAUUGAAGAAAAUUUUCCCCUGGGGACUGUGCAAUUUUUGAUGGAUUUUGUGUCACCCCAACACUAUCCACCCAGAGAAAUUGUGGCUCACAUCAUCCAGAAAAUCCUGCUCAGUGGCUCUGAGACCGGGGAUGUCCUCAACGAGGCCUACAUGCUCCUCAUGAAAAUUCAACAGCUGCAUCCUGCGAAUGCCAAGACGGUGGAGUGGGACUGGAAGCUGCUUACCUAUGUCAUGGAGGAAGAGGGCCAGACUCUGCCUGGGCGAGUUCUCUUCUUGCGUUACGUGGUACAGACACUAGAGGACGACUUCCAGCAGAUCCUGAGGCGACAGCGGCAGCACCUGCAACAGUCCAUUGCAAACACGGUACUGUCCUGCGACAAGCAGCCCCACAACGUCAGGGAUGUUAUCAAGUGGCUGGUCAAAGCAGUAACUCAAGAUGGACUAACUCAGCCCCCAAGUGGAAAUCAAACCUCUUCCUGGACGGGAAAGCACCAGGCCAGCAGCAGCCAGGCCUCUCCUCAGCCUGACGUGGUGGCAAAGAACACCACUCCGCUGAUUGUGUGCCAGCUCCAGAGGAUGCUGUCCAUCGCCGUGGAGGUGGACAGGACCCCCACCUGCAGCUCCAACAAAAUCGCCGAGAUGAUGUUUGGGUUUGUGCUGGACAUACCAGAGAGAAGUCAGAGGGAGAUGUUCUUCACCACCAUGGAAAGCCACCUGCUCCGCUGCAAAGUGCUGGAGAUCAUCUUCCUGCACAGCUGCGAGACGCCCACCCGCCUGCCCUUGUCUCUGGCCCAGGCCCUCUAUUUUCUCAACAAUUCCACUUCGCUGCUCAAAUGUCAGUCUAAUAAAAGCCAGUGGCAGACCUGGGAUGAGCUGGUGGAGCACCUGCAGUUCCUGCUGUCCAGUUACCAGCAUGUCCUCAGAGAGCACCUGCGCAGCUCGGUGAUCGAUCGCAAAGACCUGAUCAUCAAGAGGGUCAAGCCCAAGCCGCAGCAAGGUGACGACAUCACGGUGCUGGACGUGGAGAAGCAGAUCGAGGCGUUCCGCGGCCGCCUGGUGCAGAUGCUGGGGGAGCCCCUGGCGCCCCAGCUCCAGGACAAGGUCCACUUGUUGAAGCUCCUGCUCUUCUACGCUGCGGACUUGAACCCGGAUGCCGAGCCGGCUUCCAAGAACUGGAGCAGCCCCUCGGGGCUUGCCAAGCACUGACCCCCAGGUACCUCCUGACCUCUAGCCGCAGGCUCCUGCAGCUCUAACGGCCUGGGGAGUAGUCCAAACUCUCCCGAGGCCACACUUCUCACUUGCCUGGAGGCUGAAAGAACUUUCUCUUCUUUGAUAUGUAUCUUUUUAUAAUCCUGCCUGCAGCCUG